UCCGUUCCUUUCCACUACGAUAGCUAAUCGUAGCUCGCCGAAGAUGCUCAUCUUCGUGUUCUUCGCGUUUCGUUUGGGAACGCGAAAUACCUGAAAAAGAACGAUUUUUUUUAACAUAAAAGCCACAAUUAUACUUGCAAGAACGGCUUUCCAGUGACGGAAUUUUAGAGCGGGUUCAUUCAAGAGACAAUAAUUUGACAGUGAUUUUUCUGAUGAUGUAAAGUGUUUCACAUCAUUCCCAACUUUGCGUGGGUGGAGAAGGCACAGUUUUCUGUGAGGCGAAAUACAAAUUCGUUUUUAAGAAUUCUUUUAACUUCAGUAGAUGAUUCAAGUUUACCCAAAUAAUGGAUCUUACUCGUAAAGGUUCAUUCUCCAAACCAUACAGAAGAAUAUUUCGUUAUAAGAAUUGCAUUCAAUUGAAUUUUUCCAAAAGCAAUGGAUCAUGAUGCUGCUCAAACUUUCAUCCUUAAGAACUUAAGAAGGAUAAGGUCUUGCUGGUUGGGAACUCUCCGAUAACGUAAUCUGAUGCGUCCAAUCAUUUUGUUAGACAAAAUGUACCAAAAGAUGACCAAAUGCAGCAAUAACAGGAAUUUGAAAGCUACUCAUAAUCUUCCCCAUCACCGCCACCGUAUCCCUAUUCCUUUAGAACCUUUAAAAGACGGCCCUUCUAUGGAUCCCAAAGAAAGAAUCUUCUUGGAAGCAGCGGAGAGGGGCGACAAAGCCACCAUGAUUCGCUGCCUCCAGGGCCCCAAUCCUGUCAACGUCAAUUGCACAAACAUCCUUGGCCGCAGUGCAAUACAAAUAGCAGCUGACAACGAAAAUGUUGAAAUUGUCGAACUUUUGCUACAGCAGGAAAAUGUCAAGAUUGGCGAUGCUUUGCUGUACGCCAUUAGCGAGGGUGUUUAUAAGAUUGUGGAAAUGCUUAUCAACCACCCAAGCAUUACCAGUGAGAUGUUAGCAAAUGGUUGGGCCAAAUCUCGUCUUCCGGGUGAAGAAAGCUCUGAUUAUUCUCCGGAUAUAUCACCAGUAAUACUUGCGGCUCAUUGCAAUCAAUUUGAAAUAUUGCAACUAUUGCUAACCCAUGGUGCUGUCAUUGAUAAACCUCAUCCGUUAUCCUGCACUUGCCCUAAAUGCCGAGAAGGAAUACAUACAGACAGCCUGAGAUAUUCUCUGAGGCGUAUCCAUACAUAUAGAGCCUUGGCAAGCCCAGCGUGGAUAUCCCUAACAAGCGAGGAUCCUAUUCUCACUGCAUUUAAGUUGUCGUGGGAACUUGAGCACCUCGCCCACCGUGAGAAUGAAUUCAAGGAGAUUUAUUUGGUGCUGAGUAAUCAGUGCAAGAAGUAUUCGUGCGACCUUCUGGACCUGUGCCGCAGCACUGAGGAAGUAAUUGCAGUACUUAAUAGAAAGAAUGAGUCGGAAUACGACGACGACGAGCAGAAUGGUGAAGAAGACAAACUUACCCUUUCAAGGCUCAAAAUGGCCCUCAAAUACGAGCAGAAGCAGUUUGUGGCUCAUCCUAACUGCCAGCAGUUAUUGACUUCCAUCUGGUACGAAGGCUUCCCAGUGUGGCGAAGACGAAACGGAUUUAUGAAGAUUUUAUUAUGUUGCGGACUGAUCGCAUGCAUCCCAGCCAUUUCUUUGUACUACUUGUUUUGCCCAAGGUCCAAAAUGGGAAAACUUGUUCGAUCGCCUUUCAUGAAAUUCAUCUAUCACAGUGCGUCUUUCGGGUGUUUUCUUCUUCUACUGGUCUUAGCUUCUACACGAACCGAAGGAAGUGAACGGUCGAGGCAGAACAUUCGAGGUCCACCUCCUUCAUUAGUUGAGUGGCUCAUUUUUUUCUGGGUCACAGGAAUGGUUUGGGCAGAAUGCAAACAACUAUGGGAAGAAGGUCUCAAAGCGUAUGUUCGGCAAUGGUGGAACUGGUUAGACUUUAUCAUGUUAUCAUUUUAUCUUGCAACUUUCUCGCUGAAAGCUGUUGCCUUUUUCCAAAUCCACAGUGAUCUAUACGGCAGCAGAGUCAUGGAGAGACACCAUUGGCCAGACAACGAUCCCACCUUAAUAGCUGAAGGAGUAUUUGCAGUGGCAAAUGUAUUUAGCUUUGCCCGAAUCAUUUACCUAUUCCAAACGAAUCCUCACCUGGGACCAUUACAAAUCUCACUGGGUUGCAUGAUAGUAGAUAUAGCCAAAUUCCUUUUUAUUUUCUUCCUGAUUCUGACAUCAUUUGCCUGUGGUUUGAAUCAACUCUACUGGUAUGCAGACUACCUGGAGGAGGGCUGUCAAAUCAAAGGAGAGAACGCCACUUCGCUGUCAGGGAGCUGUUAUCAGAACAGUGAACCAUUCAUGACCCCCAUGGUAGGAUGGCAAAUGAGCCUAAUCGACUCCAGCUACACGUCUCUCCUAUGGUCUCUAUUUGGUGUGAUUCCAAUAAAGGAAAUCAGUAGUCGAAGAGACCAGGCUUUUACAAAAUGGGUUGGACAUGCUUUGCUUGGAGCCUAUAUGAUAAUGGCAAUGACUGUCAUGAUCAACAUGCUCAUCGCUAUGAUGUCUCGUUCCUUUCAAGAUAUAGAGGACCAUGCCGACAGAGAAUGGAAAUUCGCGCGAUCCAAGCUGUGGAUGAGUUAUUUCGAUGAAGGUUCUACUCUUCCACCCCCUUUUAACCUCAUCAUUUCGCCAAAAUCCAUCUACUAUUUCUGUCGAGGUUGUAAAAACCUUUUCCUCAAGUUCAUAAGGCAAAGCUCUCGUCUUUGUGGAGUUAAGUCCCUUGAAGGAGCUGUAAUAAAACCGGAAGACAAAUCUGUAAGUUACAUUGGCGACGUUAUUCAAGAAAAGAUCGAUCCAAACUCAUGUAUAAGUCCUCCUCUCGAAAUAAAUAAAUUGAAAAACAAAGUAAAUUACCAGGAAGUUAUGAAACGGUUGGUUAGCAGAUAUAUUCAUCAAGCAAAGAAGCAGCUUCGUCAAGAUGGAGUAAACGAAGAUGAUUUGCUUGAGAUAAAACAAGACAUUUCAAGUCUUCGGUACGAAUUACGGGAAGACCGAAAAAGAGAGACUGCCAGAAAUACUGGGCAAAUUGAUAGCAUAAAACGAGAUAUAAUUCGGUCUCUCAGUGGCAGUCAAAUGUUGGGACCUGUCACCCCAUCCUCCUCAUCACCGCCCCCUAUAGACCAUCGAAUGGCGGUUCGUAGUGCUGAUGACAUCACUGAGGACCACGAUAGAGACAGAGUAUACUCAGUACCAACUUUGACGUUGUCGAACCACGAUAUAGAUAUGAUAAGAAAAGAAGUGGUGAUAGGUGUCCAAAAGGAACUCAAAGCCCUUCUGAAAGAGUUACAGCCGCAACCUGCGAUCACUGGUCAAGUUGUCCAUCCUCCACCCCAUGUGAUACCACCUCAUCCUCAACCUGGAAUAAGAUUACAUCCCAAUCUUCCACCAGCUGUUCCAGACCUUGCGUCCGAUCUUUACCAGACUCAUCUUUUUACCCAACUUUAAAGAAGAUUUCGCUUUUAGAUGUAUUUUGUCUUCUGGUCCACGAAAGACUCUAUAAUAACCAAUCUAUUGGAUUAUUUACAAAUUGGUAGAUUUCUAAUAAGGAAUUUCAAGAAUUAAAAUCGUUUUAAAGUUUAUCAAUCUACGAAGAAUUUUAUCCAUCUUAAUUAUUAGAUAGAUAUAAAAUUCAACUUCAUUGGAUUCGUUUGUAUACAUUACAGUAAUAAGCAGUAGAUUUAAAAAUAUCAUUCUUAAUUAA